UGACGUCAUUUCGGGGAAGCCGGCACCCCCGCAGGAACCCGCGUUCAGCCGGCUGGGAGGGGGGCGUGGCCGCGCCGCCGCGCUUCGCCAAUCGCGGCGCGGAGCGGGGAAGGGGCGUGGCCUGGGCGCCUUCCUGCCCCGGGAGUCGCGGAGAGCGCCCAGCAUGGCGCAGUGGCAGGAGGUGCAGAACCUGGCCAACACCCACCUGGAGCAGGUGCACCAGCUGUACGCCGCCGCCGCGCUGCCCAUGGCGGUGCGGCAGUGCCUGGCCGCCUGGAUCGAGGACCAGGACUGGCUGCAGGCGACGGAGCCGCUCUCGUCCCACGCCCGGAUGCUCUUCCACUCCUUGCUGGCGCUGCUGGACGAGCGCCUGGGCAGCCUGGGGCUGGGCGACGAGGACUUCAUGCUGAAGCACAACCUGCGCAAGGCGCGCCGGGACCUCCAGGCUGCUUUUGAGGAGUGCCCGGAGAGCUUCGCCAACCUGGUGGCCAACCUGCUGCAGGAGGAGCGGCGGAUCCUGCGCCUGGGGCAGGCGGGGGGGCAGGGGGAGGCCGCCCCGGCGCCCAGCACACCCCCAAAGAGUGACCGGGAGCAGGAGAUCCAGCGGCGCCUGGCUGAGUUCCACACAGCCCUGCAGGAGGCCGAGCGCACCUUCCGGCACCUGGAGGACCUGCAGGAUGCCUUUGACUUCUGCUACAAGGUGCACUACCUGCCAGGCCAGGACCAGACUAACGACCCAGAGUACAUCCGCCAGGUCCAAUCCCUCCAGGCCAAGCUGCAGAACCUGGACCGGCAGCGGCGGGAGGUGGUGGCGCAGAUGCAGCAGCUCCUGGGGCGCAGCGAGACCCUGCGGGACUUCCUGCAGCAGGAGCUGAAGGCCUGGCAGGAGCGGCAGCAGCGCAGCUGCCUGGGGGCCCCCGUGGACACCCGCCUGCACCAGCUGGAGGCCUGGUUCACGGCGCUGGGCGAGGGGCUCUUCCAGCUGCUGCAGCUGCUGCAGGCGCUGGGAGAGCUGCAGCAGAAGGUGACCUAUGAGCGGGACCCGCUGCAGGCAGAGACGCCCCUCCUGGAGACGCGGCUGCGGGAGCAGCUCACCUGCCUGCUGCAGAGCGCCUUCGUGGUGGAGCAGCAGCCCAGCAUGCCCAACACGCCCAAGCGGCCGCUGGUGCUGCGCACGGCCAGCAAGUUCUGCACCCGCGCCCGCCUGCUGGUCCGCCUGCACGACCGCAACCACCGCAUGGAGGCCACGAUCCACAUCGACAGGGACCCUCCGAAGACACGAGGGUUUCGCAAGUUCAACAUCCUGACUUCAAGCAGCAAAACCCUCCUGGCCGGGGACAGCCCCCGGGAGGGGCUGAUCUGCGACUUCCAGUACCUUACGCUGAAGGAGCAGAAGAUCAGCGGGUCAGGCAAGGGCAGCAAAGGCUCCAAUGAGGGUCCCCUGGCCGUGACAGAGGAGCUGCAUCUCAUCACCUUCACGCUGGCGUACGCGUACUGCGGGCUGGAGAUGCAGCUGGAGACCUCCACCCUGCCCUUCGUCAUCAUCUCCAACAGCAACAACCAGCUCUCCAGCGCCUGGGCCUCCAUCCUUUGGUUCAACAUGCUCAGCCCCAACCCCAAGGACCAGCAGUUCUUUGCCACGCCGCCCCCAGCGCCCUGGCCCCGGCUGGCCGAGGUGCUGAGCUGGCAGUUCGAGAGCGUGGCCGAGCGGGGCCUGAGCCGGGAGCAUCUCCACAUGCUGGCCGAGAAGCUCCUUGGCUCGAAGCCGUCUCCGGAGAGCGUCCUGUCCUGGUCCAAGUUCUCCAAGGACGGCGCCGCCGGCUUCUCCUUCUGGGCCUGGCUGGACGGGAUCCUGGGCCUGCUCCAGGAGCACCUCAAGAAGCUCUGGAAGGACGGCCUCAUCCUGGGCUUCGUGAGCCGCAAGCAAGAGAAGAAGCUGCUGAAGGGGAAGCGGACGGGGACGUUCCUGAUUCGCUUCAGCGAGAGCAUCCUGGGGGGGGUCACCUUCACCUGGGUGGAGCAUCCUGAGAGUGGGCGCCCUGCCUUCCGGGCCGUGGUUCCCUACACCACCGUCGAGCUGGCUUCCCUGGCGCUGCCCGACAUCAUCCGCGACUACCAGCUGCUGGCCGAGGAGAACAUCCCCGAGAACCCGCUCCUGUUCCUGUACCCCGACACCCCCCGUGACGAAGCCUUCAGUCCCUACUACAGCCAGCGGCAGGAGGGUGCGGCACCGUGCGGCGCGGCUCGGCGCAGUGCAGACGGAGCGCCCGCCGCCCCCUCCAAACUCUCCUCUCUGCCCCCAGGGAGCCUGACAGAGAAGAAGGAAUACCUGAACCAGCGCCUCAUCCGCGUGUCCUCCAGGCAGGCCAACGAGUCAUGGCAGACAGAAGAGGAGUUGGUAGUUGCCACAGAAAACCUGGAGACGCUGCAGCUGCAGCCCAGCGGGUUGGGAUCACUGCAACCCACCAGCCCCGGGACACUGCCGGUGGUGGCCGGGAGCCCAGGAACACUGCAGCCCGUGAGCCCAGGGACGCUGCAGGUGGUGGCUGGGAGCCCAGGGAUGCAGCAGCCCCUGGGACCAGGAACACUGCAGCCCGUGAGCCCAGGGGUGCUGCAGGUGGUGGCCGGGAGCCCGGGGACGCAACACCCCAGGGGACCAGGGAUGCUGCAGCCAGGGUCCCGGGGCCCAGAGACACCACCGCUGGUGCAAGUGGGCCCAGGGGGCUUGGAGAUGCUGCAGGCAAGGACCGGGGCGCAGGAGCCGCAGCUGGUGCUGCAGCUCAUCCCUGAGGGCCAGGGGACGCUGCAGGUGGGGCCAGGGGGCUUAGGGACGCUGCAGGUGCUGCCCGGGGGUACAGGGAUGCUGCAGCAAGGGGGUGCUGGGGACCGAGGGACGCAGCAAGUGGCAGCUGGGGCCAUGGAGCCACAGAUGCUGUUGCAGCUCAUCCCCAAGGGCCAGGGGAUGCUACAGGUGGGAGCAGGGGACUUGGGGACUCUGCAGGUGCUGCCCGGGGUGGUGGGGACGCUGCAGUCAGCGCCCAGGACCAUGGGGGUGCUGCAACAAGUGGGAGCUGGGGACCAGGGACUGCUGCAGCCAGGCCCUGGCACUGCGGAGCCACUGCCAGUCACAGAUGAUCAGGGGCUGCUGCCAGCGGGGCUGGGGGACCUGGGGCCGGUGCUUCAGGGCCAGGACAUGCAGGAGCUGCUGCAGUUCCUGGAGCAAGACCUGGAGCCGGGCACGGGGACACUGGAGACGCUGGAGGCAGCGGAGCUGAUGCCUAACAUGGACAGCGGGCUGGGGCAGAUGGACGCCAGGUUGGGGGGCAGUGCUGCGCUCCUGGACCCCCGCGACCCCUUCCUGCCACAGCCCGAGGACACAGCCCUGCCUGCCACCAGCUCCCUCUUCACCGUGGACACCGACUUUCCCCCGCUCCACAUCGAUGCCAGUGAUUUCCAGUGACUUGCCCCCCCCAGCUCCCCCUGUAAAUAAACCCUUUUCCCCCC